AACUGUUCUUCUAUCCCUCUUCUACAUUUGAGAUCGAGAGUGGUCUUGAACACAAAGGGAAUCCCAUCCCUCGCAAAAGCAAAUAAACUCCGACUCCCCGCCGUCCUGCCGAACUCUUCUCAUCUUCCACCCCUCCCCGCAGUCCAAAUCCCCAUCGCCGUCGGCAUCGCGAGGAUGGCGCCUCCUGUCACGAUCGUGCCGUCUCUCGAGACCGCCAGCGAAGUCAUCGCCCGGUCGAGAGACUCGAAAUUCUCCCCUAACCUCCUGCCCUUGACGACGUCGAUUCCCGCCGACCUCUUGACCCCUACAUUGGCAUACCUGAAGAUCGCGGACAAAUCGAAGUUGUCCUUCCUCUACGAGAGUGCUGCCACGACCGAGACCAUCGGGAGAUACAGUUUCGUGGGUGCUGAUCCCCGUAAAGUUCUCAAGACCGGCUCUGGCCAUGGCCCCGAGUGCGACCCUCUGCCUCUCCUCGAGCAGGAGCUCGCCGAGUUCCGGGUCGCGACGGUACCCGGCUUGAUCCUCCCUCCCCUGACCGGCGGUGCUAUCGGAUAUGUGGGCUACGACUGUGUGCGGUAUUUCGAGCCCAAGACGGCCCGGCCGGUCAAGGACAUUCUGAAGAUCCCGGAGUCGCUGUUCAUGCUGUUCGACACCAUCAUCGCCUUCGAUCACUUCUUCCAGGUCGUCAAGGUCAUCACGUACAUCCCCAUCCCUAGCAGCGACGCGGAGCUGGCACCCGCAUACCGCCAGGGACAGGAGACCCUUCAGCGCACCAUCGACACGCUGCUUCGCCCCGACUACACCCUUCCGCCCCAGGGCCCGAUCAUCCAGAACCAGGAAUACACGUCGAACAUCGGCCAAGAGGGAUACGAGCGGCAUGUGACGAGGCUCAAGGAGCACAUCUCCAAGGGCGACAUCUUCCAGACGGUGCCGUCGCAGCGGCUGUCCCGGCCGACCUCCCUCCACCCUUUCAACCUCUUCCGCCACCUCCGCACGGUCAACCCGUCGCCGUACCUGUUCUACAUCGACUGCGAGGACUUCCAGCUGGUGGGCGCCAGUCCGGAGCUGCUGGCCAAGGAGGAGAAGGGGCGGAUCAUCACGCACCCGAUCGCGGGCACGGUGAAGCGGGGCAAGACGCCGGAGGAGGACGAGGCACUGGCCAACGAGCUGCGCAGCAGUUUGAAGGACCGGGCGGAGCACGUGAUGCUGGUGGACCUGGCGCGUAACGACGUGAACCGGGUGUGCGACCCGACGACGACGCAGGUGGAUCGGUUGAUGGUGGUGGAGAAGUUCUCACACGUGCAGCACCUGGUGUCGCAGGUGUCGGGCAUCCUGCGGCCGGAGAAGACGCGCUUCGAUGCGUUCCGGUCGAUCUUCCCGGCGGGCACCGUGUCGGGGGCGCCCAAGGUGCGGGCGAUGCAGCUGAUCGCGGAGCUGGAGGGCGAGAAGCGCGGAGUGUACGCGGGCGCGGUGGGCUACUUCGGCUACAACAUCGCCAACGCGGACGGGACGACGGAGCUGCCGGGCGCGAUGGACACGUGCAUUGCACUGCGGACGAUGAUGGUCAAGGACGGGGUGGCCUACCUGCAGGCCGGUGGAGGUAUCGUGUUCGACUCGGACCCGUACGACGAGUACGUGGAGACGCUGAACAAGCUGGGAGCGAACAUUGCGUGCAUCAAGGGUGCGGAGGCCAAGUACCUGAGCCUGGAGGAGGAGAAAAGUCAAUCCUGAUGGUGUGGUGAUUUUUUGUUGUUGUUGUUGUUGUUCAAAGCUGUUCAUUCCAUGACAUUUGUCGGGGGUGUUAUGACAUAUACACCCUGCCGAAUAAUAUAGACACACUUGAAACGAUUGGCCUUGCUACUAUAUACUUAUGUA